AUGAUCGGCAAUGCCGGGGCAGAGGUGUCGGGUCUCGCGCCUCCCUCGGUUGACUUGGAUAGACCCGAACCGCCUGAGAAGGUGCCGAGGCCGAGACAUGUGCAUCUUUCAGCUCGCCAUAGGUAUGAUGGUGCUUUCUCUUGGCCACCACGUUUCUUCGAUGAUCACCAAGGAGGAUUCUCCCGGAGCUGGGAGAACUCGCCGUAUAUCGACUUGUUAUCAUAUGCCCGAGAGCUAGAAGGAAAUGACAUCAGCAUCUUCUUAAGAACAGAAGAGAACUGGGCCCCUGAUCAACAGCGAGUCGACUCUGUCCUUGAUAUUACCCGCGAAGCUACGAUUCAAAAUUUGCUUGAUAGAGACGAAAGAGCGCAGAAAGAGAAGAUUGCGCUGCUAAUCGACGGAAAUGCUUCCGGUCCGGGACCACAUCUUCGAGAUUUCCUCGGAGGUCUGACAGCACAAGCAUUAUACGAUGAGCUGAGCAAAAAGAGAUAUAGCGAAGAUGGUGAUGACAGCGUUGUGGACACUGACCGAAGGUUGAUAUACGUCGCUAACCUGGAUGCUUGGGGCAUUAUGGCCCUAGUGGGAACAUCUCCGGAAUCAUUAUUUCGGGUGCUAGGGGACUUCGUUCUGAAUUACACAUGCGCGAAUCCAUCUAUCGGCGUGUCUUUCUCGAUCAGGCGACACGAGAAUUUCAUCAGACGCGUACGUACACCCACCUUGGACCAGGUGCCACCUAUACCGAAGCAGAGAAAGAUCCUUGAGGAAUUUGAUGAACUCGAAAACGGUCUCAGAUACUUCAAAGAAGUUUUGGACGAGCUUGCACAAGUUCUGCAGGAAAACGUCAGAAGUGGAGAAUUAUUCAUGAAGACCGACGUGCUCUAUUUUCGCAACUAUGAUGAGCCAUCUGACGAUGCGUCGAUCUGUUUCCCAUAUCUCGCGCAGAUUCGAAAAACCUUCACAAACCUGGAGCAACUACGGCAAAGAUUGGGAGAUAUGCAGCAGAAAUGCAAAGAAAUGGUAGAAGAAGUGGCUUCCGUACGUAAGAUGCACCGCCAGCAAUUGAAUAUUCUGACGCCGGUCCACUAUUCUCCUACAGUCUUGGCUUGGAUUACCAUCUUGACGUUUCCGCUGAUAAUCACUGCUGCUUUGUUCAGCUGCGACGAUAUUUUUAUAUUCAAACGUAGCUGGAAAAGCUUUCUGCUUGUAUGGCUUGUCAUCACGGUCAUUGUCCUUGCCAUAGCGGCGAUUCGUGUAUGGCUGUUCCAGUCCCAAAAGACCCCGGAUAAUGAAAUCGAAGGGAGCUGCAAUCCCUUGAAUGCUUUGGACUCCCAAGAAAAAACUGCUGCGGAUCAAAUCACCCAAGAGGUGCCGCGAUGCGCAACGCUUUUCACAGGCGUUAUCGGUGUCUUCCAGAAACGAGGCGUUGGAAAAGCUGUAGCCGAGAACCCCCGGAUUCGAGACCAGAUAAUAGCUCUUGAAACCUGUGGUUCCAGGUGA